AUGGCUACACGAAGCAUACUCCGGAGCGCUAGACUCCAGUGCACCAGACACAUCAGCAGUAGCUCCGUCCGCUGCCAUGAUAUCGUGAAACUCACAUCUGCAUCGGCCGACGAAAUGUCCCACUUCAAUGCACUUGCUUCUUCGUGGUGGGACGUCAAUGGACCCCAACGAAUCCUCCACAAAAUGAACUUUCUUCGCAUGGACUACAUCAACGAGAUGGUCAAGGGCCACAUUAAACUCAACGAUAAUGUAGUCGAUGACGAGGACAAGGUCUACAUCCCUCCAUAUAGCUUGGACUUGCUUCCCAAGAGUAUACGAACGAGAAUCCAGCAGGAGCAAAGCGCGCGCCGGGACGAGAUUCUUUCGCAGAAAAAGUUGAAGGCCUUGGAUGUCGGCUGCGGCGGCGGGAUUUUGGCCGAGUCCUUGGCUCGUCUCAAGUACAUCUCCAGUGUCAAGGGAAUCGACCUUUCAACGGACGUGCUUGAGGCUGCCAAAUUGCAUCAGAAACUUGACCCGGAGCUUUCCGAGAAAUUGCAGUACGAGCUCACUGCGAUUGAGGAUUUGCCCAAGGAUGAGAAGUAUGAUCUUGUGACAUGUUUCGAGAUGCUUGAGCAUGUCCAAUACCCUGCGCAAGUGCUCUCCGAAGUCUUUGACCGUGUAGCCGUUGGUGGAUGGGUUGUUCUUUCAACCAUUAAUAGAGAUCCCAUCAGCUGGUUCACGACGAUUUUCAUGGGCGAGCACUUGUUGAGAAUCGUUCCCGUGGGCACACACACCCUUGAGAAGUACAUCGAUCAACAGGAGAUCCGCAACUGGGUCGAAGGCAGUCCUUAUCAAGAUCAAUUUGCAGUUGUGAAUGCACGCGGAUGUGCUUAUAUCCCUGCCUAUGGCUGGAAGUUCACGUCCAGUGCUGACGUUGGCAAUUAUUUCAUGGCCAUCCAGAGAGUGAAGUAG